UGUUGUCUUCUUACAGAAGCUGAAGUUCGGUAAUAAAGUCUAGCUUCCACUCUCUCUCCAUCUCCUUCCAUUGUUCUUCCUCUCUCUCUCCGUCCUUCUAGGGUUUCGUUCAUUUCAUCACAUUCAAUUUUUUUGCUCCGUUCAUCUCAAUUCUUCUUUGUUUUAUUCAUCUUUCGUAACAAUAAUGGAUUCCAGUUCAUGGAUCAAUCAUCGUUCCGUUAUUUCAUCGAGACGGUGUCAAUCAAGAUCAGAUUUGUAUAUAGGUGGAGGGUACGAGGAUCUCGAAGGAGAAGACGAAUCUAAGUCGGAGUUUAUCUGCCCGUUUUGCGCGGAUGUUUUCGAUAUUGUCGGGCUCUGUUGUCACAUUGAUGAAGAGCAUCCUGUCGAAGCCAAGAACGGGGUCUGUCCUGUAUGCACAAAGAGGGUGGGAUUAGAUAUCGUCGGCCAUAUAACAACGCAACAUGCGAACUUCUUUAAGGUGCAGCGAAGGAGAAGGUUGAGAAAAGGUGGAUACGGCUCAGCUUAUCUCGCCUUGAAAAAAGAGCUACGUGAAGCGAACUUACAGUCUCUUCUCGGUGGAUCUACACGUUUCACUUCUUCAACCAAUUUAGAUUCUGAUCCGUUGCUGUCAUCCUUUAUGUUUAGUUCUCCUUCAACCAAAUCUGUUACACCUGUUGUAGAAGGAACCUCAGCUACAAAACUCUCGCUAAAGGAAUCUCUCAAAAGAGAGAUUCAAGAAGCUCCACUUUCAGGUGAAGAUCAAGAGAAGUCUAAAAAGAGCGAGUUCGUGCGAGGUUUGUUGUUGUCAACCAUGCUUGGAGUUGGAGACAGUUUCUAAAUUUACGGUAUAGACAUUGCCUUGUUGUCGAGAUAUGCAUGCGAGAGUGAGUAAUCUGAGGUUAGAAUUGUUAAGAGAUGUCUCAGUGUAUGAUGGAAAAGCUUGUAAGUUAAGUUGAUGCAGAGUGAAAUCCAUAUAUUAUACCCUUGAGACUUUCAUCGAUUCAAAUAAAUGAGAGUUGGAUUUUUUUUUUUU